AUGUGGAAGGUCUUGACUAGUGCUGCCGUAGCCUUGCAGCUGGUGACGCCGGUCGUUGGAUAUGGCACGACAAUCUCCAUUGGCGUCAGCUAUUGUCCUGCCGGCUAUCCGAGUUCCAGUACAACUAGCAGUACCGCCACCAGCGCCUCCACAACACCUAGGUACGAUCUAUUCUGCAAGCGCAGCGACGAAACUGACACACAAUAUAGCAUCACCCCUGGAGAGCCAGUUAUUCUCGCCUUUACGACGAAUGGCAACGCUGAGUACCUCAGAGCCGAUGGAACAAUUACCAACGACUCUUCGCAAGCCGCAGAUUUCUCCGUCAAUAUUUUUGGGCAGUUGAUGGCUGGCGACGGUUAUGUGUCCACAUCUGGAGAUGUUGCUUUCCAGCUAUUCGCAGUUUCGGCUGACACACCGGGAAUGAAAACAGCUUCGCGGAUCUUUACCCAAUUCCUUAUCAACCUCGACGGGACUCUGGCGUGGAUCAAUGAUGCAUUUGUUGGUGGGCGAGUGAUCUUCUGUGUUUCUGGCUCUACAAUGGUGGUAGCAUUCAACGGAGCGGCACCACCAGGUUGCGCGGUCAUUCAGUUGGGCGUUAUCUUUGCGGUGGAUGUCACCCCGCCUGCCGCCUCUUCGACGACAAGCUUGCCACAAUCUACAUCAGGCAAUAUGCCUAGUAUGUCGUCAAACCUGUCGCCGCCGAACAGUUCUGGAUUUCCAACCACCACAGUUUCACCACCAGGAACAACAAUCACUGUUUCGACUACUCCUUCCAUCCCAGAGUUAUCCAGCCCUACUCCGGAGUCAUCGACACCACAGGCUCCUCCAUCCAGUGUGACAAGCUGCCUACCAUAUGCCGGACCUUCCUCGAGCUCCGAUGCACCCUCGACAUCUGCAAGUGGUACUGCAUAUCCUGCGCCGACAACGACGGGUACUCCAAAUUGUUACGAUCGCUCUCCAUUUGAUGGCACUGUCAAUGACAAUUACCUGAUCCUGUGUGAUACGGAUCUCCCAGGAUAUGAUCUCGAUGCUGUGCCCGCUUCGGAUAUGGCAGAAUGCGUCGACGCGUGCAGGUCCUACGUCCCUACUUCGCAAGCCCAGUGUGUGGCCAUAGAAUUUGACAUCCUCGAGAGUGGGAAUCCAUGCCAUCUCAAAUACUCUAUCCCUACAGCCAAGUCCAAGCGCAGUAGCAUCAUCCACCACAGUUGGUCCCCCUCCUCCGGCGUCUACAGUGUCCACAACCCCAAACGGCGCAACCUCUCCUUCCACCUCGACUGUACAGGGGCCCAGCAACCCGACUACUGGCAUGACUAUUUCCCCGGUUUCACCGAGUACGCAACAGAGUACCCUGUUCAGCAGUGGCGGAGGCCUGCAAAGCAGUCAGCCAGCUAUGGCGUCGACAACAGCGGGAUUGCCUAG